UAAACGUUAUUGCACUUUUUACUUACCUUUAUAACGUUUAUGUAUCUUAGACUUAAAGCCCAAAUGUAGAAAUGGGCCAAACGCUGGCGUUAUUAAGCGACUGUGCUCCCCCAAGCCAGCAGUUCAGUGUGAGAGCCCCUUGACUGAGUGGAAGAAGUUAGCUAAGCUAGCUUGCUCGCUAGUUAGCAGAAGGAGGAUGCGGGGAAGAUGGCGAUGAAUGUGAAGAAUAGGGGCGCUUAUUUUCAAAGUAAUGACUAUUGCAGGAAUUACAGUUCGCAGGCUAUACAUUAUGGGAAUAACAAUCACUUUUUUCCCCGGUUACCAGGCCCUGAGUCGCUGCUGAAGCCUCCACUGGAGCUCAUGUGCCAGGCUCCGCCCCCAUUCCAGCCGGCCCCGCCCCCUCAGGCCCUGGGCCCGCCUCCAGACUCCCUGCACUUCCCCCUGCCCGCUCCCCUCACUGCCAAACCCCUCCCCCACCUCCCGCUGCCGCCCGGCCUGCCCCCCAGCCUGCCCCCCAGCCCCAAGCCGCUGGAGGAGGAGGGGCAGGGGGGGCCCCCCGAGCAGGACACCACCCUGGAGGAGCUCUGCAAACCACUGUACUGCAAACUGUGCAACGUCACGCUCAACUCCGCCCAGCAAGCACAGGCGCACUACCAGGGCAAAAACCACAGUAAGAAGCUGAGGAACUUCUAUGCUGGGAGUCAGCAGCCCCCACCUGUCCGGAUACCUGAAGCACUGGAGCCAGUUGCCCAGCAACCGCAGGCCACUCCCCCCGCUGAGAGUGCUGCUCCAUGCAAACAGGCUGUGUUUAAGGGGGCCAGCCGGGUCAUUCUGGCCACAGAGAGUGAUUACUGUAAGCUCUGUGACGCCUCCUUCAGCUCCCCCACCGUCGCUCAGGCUCACUAUCAGGGGAAGAACCACGCCAAGAGACUGCGCCUGAGUGAGGUCCAGCUGAGCCCCGGCUUCCUAGAUUCAUCGGAAGCCAAUCAGAGGCGACCACGGAAAGAGGGGGCAGAGUUUAAACUGAUGAAGACUCGCAGGAACACACACCUGCCUCCCAACCUGCCAGGGCCGUACUACAACCCGCGACCGCGGCAGCGAAUCCCACGAGACCUGGCCAUGUGCGUGACGCCCAGCGGCCAGUUCUACUGCUCCAUGUGCAACACGGGCGCCGGCGAGGAGGCGGAGUUUCGGCUGCACCUGGAGAGCAAGCAGCACAAGAGCAGGGUGUCCGAGCAGCGCUACCGCAGCGAGAUGGAGACGCUGGGCUACACCUGAGCGCCGCCGUCCCCGGCCUGCAGGGGGCGCUGCGCUCGCUCGCCCGCGCACACAGGGCUGAGCGGCCUCACCUCCUGACUUCCCACUGCCUUUUACUACUCAUUUUAUUCUCUAUGCUACGUUUAUUUAUUUAUUAUUAUUACGUAUUUAUUUAAGGAAAAAAAGAUAAAUUAUGGUCUACACUUGAGCACGCCCUGCUGGUUAGCUCGUGAACAUGGCCUCUGCUGUUUCCGCUAAUUUAGUGUUUUCUUCUUCUUCUUCUGUAGUUACCUUGAGUUUAUAUGUGAUGCAGCCUGCGCCUGAGAUUGAAGCAGGAAACUUUGAGUCGCGUCAGAAACCACAUCCCUGCAAUCUCAAGAAACAUUUCCCUGCAGUCCGCACUUAGCGUAGCACCGUCCUGCUAGCUGUAGGCUUUUUGUGGCUUUCUCAGAACCUUCAGGAAAAGGUGAGCAGUUGAUGAAUCGAGAGCGUGCUCCAGGGUUAGGGUUAGGAGGGUUAGGGAGAGAGCAGCUCCAGGGUUAGGGUUAGGAGGGUUAGGGAGAGAGCAGCUCCAGGGUUGGGGUUAGGAGGGUUAGGGAGAGAGCAGCUCCAGGGUUGGGGUUAGGAGGGUUAGGGAGAGAGCAGCUCCAGGGUUAGGGUUUGGAGGCUUAAAGAGAGAGCAGCUCCAGGGUUGGGGUUAGGAGGGUUAGGGAGAGAGCAGCUCCAGGGUUGGGGUUAGGAGGGUUAGGGAGAGAGCAGCUCCAGGGUUAGGGUUAGGAGGGUUAGGGAGAGAGCAGCUCCAGGGUUAGGGUUAGGAGGGUUAGGGAGAGAGCAGCUCCAGGGUUGGGGUUUGGAGGGUUAGGGAGAGAGCAGCUCCAGGGUUGGGGUUAGGAGGGUUAGGGAGAGAGCAGCUCCAGGGUUAGGGUUAGGAGGGUUAGGGAGAGAGCAGCUCCAGGGUUAGGGUUAGGAGGGUUAGGGAGAGAGCAGCUCCAGGGUUAGGGUUAGGAGGGUUAGGGAGAGAGCAGCUCCAGGGUUGGGGUUAGGAGGGUUAGGGAGAGAGCAGCUCCAGGGUUAGGGUUAGGAGGGUUAGGGGGAGAGCAGCUCCAGGGUUGGGGUUAGGAGGGUUAGGGGGAGAGCAGCUCCAGGCAGUUUCACUGCUCCCAUUGGUGGAGAGGUUGUGCAGCAUGUGAUGUGUCUGAACUGUCGCAAACAUGAUCUCUCGCGCAAGUUAUUCCGUUCUUUUUUCUUAGUCCAAAAGGAGAAUUUUUAGAUAUUUCAAAGGCCAGCAGUGCUGUUCACUUGACUUUUAUUUGGGGAAUUCCUCACUUUUUAAAAUUGUUGAAAUAUUAUUGUUUUAAAAAUGAGAUGAGCCAGAAUGGUGUAUUAAUUUUUGGGUGGGGAAGUUUUUUAAUUAUUGCCCUUUUAAUUUGGUGUUAUGAAUAUUGUUGAGGUCUAUGAAGGGCCGUGAAAUGUGAUACUGAAACCCAGCAGGUGUUGGUCUCACCGUCUGUGCGUUAAUUCAUUCACGUCUAGUCUCACCUGAACAAUUGAAUCCACUAAUACCCACUGCAUCAUCUGUACGUAAUAUUAUGCGUCCCUUUACUUUAUAGAUAUGAAUAUUAAUUAUUGUUAAUGAGAAUUCUUUACUGUUGAAUAUUAUGUGGAAUUGGUAGGCUAUGUGGUUUCAAGUGUGUAUGUGCAUGGCAUUAUCCGAAUAUAUAUCUACAUGUGCUUUCCCGUUAUUUUAUGAAGGUUAGGCAUGCGCGUCGAUGAUUGGCUGAGAUAAAGUCUUGUUACGGUGCAGCAUUUCCAAGGGUAUGAUAGGGAACCUGUGGCGAGCCUCCGGUUCCACGCUUGUGCUUGUUGCAAAAAGAGGCUCCGGACCUUAAAAAGUGUGUUUUUAGAUUUCAUAUUUAUUUCCAGUUUGUUUGUUUCCUAAUGUGUUUAUACUAGAUGUUUACAGGAGUGAUGAUUGGAAGUCGAUCACAUUUAAUAUUAAUGUAUCUUCCAUGUUCAGUCGUCCUCAUUCCACUCAACGUCUGCACGUUCCUCUUGAAAUCCCGUCGUAUUCCAGAAAGACUGACCCGGUCAGAUGGGAGGUUUUUGGCCUUUUCUGUAUUUAACUGUGAUGACGCGCGCGUCUCUGAACUCCCGCGGAUUCGCAGGCGCGUGUCCGCUUAUAGUACUGUAACUACAUUCUCACCCUGCAGUAUCCACCGUGCGUCUUUCAUUCAUUUCAUCGCUAAGCUGAACUUGAUCGUGACGCAGUGAGAGCAGAUGUCUACCAUGGUGGGAUGUCUGCUAAAUAAAUGCCAUGUAAUAUCCAGCUUUUGCUUUUCGCUUUCAGUUAUUUUUUUCCAUAAAUCACAAACGCAUACGUUAAAGUAUAUUUUUCUAAGAAAGGAAAUGCGUGUUAUUAGAGAUGAGCACGUUAGCGGCUACUACCCGAGAAAUCGCCUCUUUAAAAUCGGGAGUCGUUCUUGCUCUGAAGUUUAAUAAAAUAAAUUAUGAACCAGAAACAUCUUCAUUGUAUGGCAUGUCUAUUAUAGAACGCCUUAGAAUGUUACAAUUUCAGGGAAGUUGUGGCACUUUAAUAUAACUAAUUAACUAAAUGUUUAUAACUAAUUUCAUUUGUCUUUUAUUUGUGCUUUUGUAUGCGGUCAGGUUGCACUGUGUUGUGUGUUAAAGUUGCUGUGAUUCACCGCAGCGCUUUGGGUCAGUGGUGUGGUCCUCGUGUAGUGACGUAAACCGUUUCCUGAAGCGCAGCUGCUUCUUCACAGACAGGAAGUUGUGACCCAGUGGUCGGCACUCUCUUUCCCAGUGAAAUAUCUUCAUUAUUUAUCGUCAAGGCAUUAACUGAAGAGCGAAUGCCAGGAACGUCGUCAUGAAAUUGCUUAUUUAAAUGAGUGUGUUCCGGCUCUUAGCGAAUCGCUAAAAUGCGUAUUUUCUACUGAGAACCUGUCAGUGCAGCGGUUAGCGUGGGGCGUUAAUAACGCCUACGGUUUCGCAUGUUUUAUUUAGACGAAAUGCCCUAGCGUUUGCCAAAAAAUAACCCUGUUAAUUAGAAAAAAAAACUAAAAAUAUAUAGUAAAAAUAGUGCCUUCUAAAACCACCAAAUUAAAUUUCAUGGAAGCCUCAACCACUAGCAUAUGUAUAUGUAUAGACUAUUGAAGGCUCAAAUGUAGCUGGUGCAAUACGGCUGAUGUGGAAUCUAUUGAGACCACAUCACAGGUUAAUUAAAUAGGGUUGACUUUCCUUUUGAGAAAAAAAAAAUAUAUAUACAGAUACAAUGUCUUGAAUGUACAUUUUAAAAGAAAAAAAAGAAUGAUUAAAAUUGUGUAUAUAUA